GAUCACAUAUUGACCCACAAACGCAAACUCAUGUCUAUUCCCGCAAACACUCCCAUCGGUAACAAAAGUGACGGCAAUUUGAAACAAUUUGUUGAAAUGCUUAACACAAACACUAAUAUAUGUGAACCCAUCGACUGUGAGAGUGAACUGAAAGCCAAACAACAGUUGGAAGACACCAAUGGAAGGGAUGGAGAGAUGAACUCCGAUCUAAAUAUGUUUGUACCGGAAGUAAUAGUUAGUGAAAUGGACUUAAGUGGUGAUAAUGUGCCGAAUGUGUGUCCAGAGGAGGCGUUUGUGGGACGAUGUGUUACGGCGAGCGGAAAGGAGUGGUUCCGGUGUAAAGCUGUCAACUGUAACUACGGAACUCCUAAAAGCCUGUAUCUUAUACGACAUAUACGUUCAGUUCACGGCCAGAGAGUGACUGAACGGCAGUUCGGGUGCGAAUGGCCCGACUGUUCCAAGAGGUUCACCGACGCCUACAAACUAAAAGAGCAUCAAUUGACACAUUAUAGGAAAUUCAUAACAACUGUUGGCAACAAUAAUAAGAAUUCAAUGGAUUUAAUUUUUGAUCUCAACAGUAAAAGUGAUGAAAAAAUUGAUAAUAAGAUAAUCAUCAGUGAAGUGAACAAUUCAGUGCAAACCAAUGGCUUGACAAACAGUCCCAAUGGUAUGAAUAAGUCGUUAAACAGAAUGACAUUCAAUGUGAGUGACGAACAAACGACACAAAUCUUGAGCCCGAAGAAGGUUGUGAUGUCCAUCAAGAAUGUGGAACAGUAUGUCGAGCGGCGCAAAGUCGAUGGUCUGACCCGUUAUUUCUGCCAAUGGCCUAACUGUUCGUAUUCUAGUAAUAAAAGCAAUCAUUUGGUAAGACAUAUAUGCAGUCAUACCAACGAACGCAACCAUUGCUGUGAUUUCAUCGGUUGCGGCAAAAAGUUUACUGACAUUUGGAAACUUAGAGACCAUAAGAUGUGCCACAACUUGAAUGUGUCGAUCGUCAACACCAGUCCCGCGGCCGACAACUCCAAGAGAGCGACGAAUCAAACCAUGUAUUCGCCGAAUCCUAAUAGACUACUCAUAGAGAGUCUAUGUUCGCCACCCCUUCCACUCCUCUCCACACUUCCUUUAAAUUAUAAUAAAAUGAGUGUUAAGUCCAAAAGUCCAGUCGAUGUCGUGAUGUCCAUCAAGAAUGUUGAGCAAUACGUUGAGCGCCGAAAAGUGAACGGAAUUACAUUUUAUUUCUGCAAAUGGCAGGACUGUAGCUAUGGAUCAAAUAAAAGCAAUCAUUUGGUGCGACACGUGCGCUCCCAUACCGGUGAACGUCCGUAUGAAUGCGAUGAAUGCGAGAAAAAAUUUACCGAUUCCUGGAAACUAAAGGAUCACAAAUCGAUUCACGCGAAGAAACAUUUGGAAAAAUCUAUUAACGAACAGAAUUUGGCGUUUUUUAAUUUAUUUAAUGGCAAUCAAAGCGAUUUGCAAAUUAGUUUAACAGAGAAUUUAUUUCAAAUGCCAUUCAAUUUAAAUAUAAAACAAGAAAAUUCAUUAAAUGAGAAAUCGAUUAAUUUCUUGGAUAAUAUGCCAUUAAAUGAGAUGCCUAUCGAUAACCAAGAUUUUGAGCGUUCAAUGGAUCAGUUAGAAGACGACGAGUUCAACGAUAUGGACGAAAUUGAUCUGUUUGUGCCUCAAGUAAUCAUCGAUGAAUCGGACGAUACGUUCGUUAAUCUGAAUAACGACUCGCAAGAAGAAGAGCCAAAAGUGGACGACUCGAUGGAGGAUUCAAAUUAUGGUAUUUUGUCGAUUAAAAAUGUGGAACAAUAUAUCGAUAAAGUGGUUCGAGAGGACGGAAAUUGGUAUGAAUGCAAAUGGAGUGCAUGUGCUUUCACUACACAGAAAAGCAGUUACGCUGUCAUUCAUGUGUACAAACAUUUAGGACAAAAGCCAUACAAAUGUAAAUGGAGUGAUUGUGGCGCCAAAUACAACAAAAAACAAAAUUUAACCAUUCAUAUGAUGUCCCAUACGGGCGAAGAGGUGUUCAAAUGCCAAUAUCCGCACUGCUAUUACACGGGCAUCAGUGCCGAGGCUUUGACAAGUCAUACACUCAAACAUAACGGCGAGAAACUGUUUCACUGCGGUUGGAAUGAAUGCAGCGCUCAGUUCGCCACCAGUAUUGAGCUGUUAAGGCAUUCCAAGACUCACACCGGUGUCCGACUCUAUAAAUGCCAUUUCCCUAACUGUACGUAUGUAUCGAAAUAUAACAACAAACUAACCAUUCAUGUGAGACGACACACCAAUACUCGUCCCUUUAAGUGUGAA